AUGCUGCGGAGGGGGUUGGCUGUGCGUUUGACUCAGAACUAUUCUUCAGUAGUACAAUCGUCACAUAACACACCCUCAUUGCCUUUUAAAGAUGGUCAAAGGCCUGAUGCAUGGUGUCAGUAUCAUGAUAGACCAUCCCAGGAACCCAUUGAGUCAACGUCUGUGCUUCUUUUCCCGGGUCAGAGUUCCCAAUUCGUUGGAAUGGCAAAAAAUCUCAUUGGAGUUAAAGGAGUAAAGGAAAUGUUUGAAACUGCCAGCUCCAUUUUGCGGACAAAUUUGCUGAGGACUUGUCUUGAGGGACCAGCUGAGAAACUCAAGCAGAACAUUCAUUGUCAGCCAGCUAUAUACGUUACUUCGUUAGCCGCGGCAAAAAAAUUGCAGGUGGAUUCCCCCGAAUUGGUGGAAAAAUGUGUAGCAGCUGCUGGAUACAGUGUCGGUGAAAUCGCGGCUCUAGUUUAUGCUGGUGCUUAUACGUUUGAAGAAGGUUUGCACCUAAUUCGCGUGCGCGCUGAGGCGAUGCAGCGUGCCUGUGAUCUAAUUCCUGGUGGAAUGUUAACUGUUUAUCUGUCACACGAUUCUCAACUUCGCACGGCUCUAUCUGCUGCAAUUAAUUAUUGUAAAGAGGAAUUGAAACUAAGUGUCCCAAUCAUCUGUCAAAUCGCCUGUUUUCUUGGCCCCGACUGUAAGGUUAUUGCGGGGAAUAAUGAGGCAUUGGAUUAUAUCAUGGAACAUGCUCAACAAUUUCGUUUGGGGCCUCUUAGAAGGCUCGAUGUUGCAGGUGCCUUUCAUACACCUCUGAUGCUUCCUGCAGUAGAACCUUUGAAACAUGCUCUCCAGCGUGUUGGUUCUGCUCGUACUCCGUGCAUACCUGUUGUCAGUAAUGUCGAUGCGGAACCCUAUGGAAAGGGUUCUACGGUUUCACUCCGUCUCAUCAAACAGAUAACUCGUCCGUUGUGCUGGGAGCAGACAUUGCACGCGUUGUUCAGUCGUCCUGAGGGUGCUCCUUUUCCGCGAGCUGUCGAGGUCGGACCGGGUCGUCAGAUAGGUGCCUCUCUUCGCAUGGUGAACUCUAAGGCCUUUGCUCGCUACGAAUCUGUUGGAAAUGCCUUUGGUUACCACUCAAACCAUGCCGGCUGGGGAGCUCGUGAGUAUGGCCUCCGAAAGUGA